AUGCAAUUCUCUGCCCUCUUCCCCACCAUCCUUCUCGGCGCCUCCUUCGUCGCCGCAGACUACUGCACCCAGGCCCUCGACCCGGAGACCCGCAAGUCCAACACGGGCUUCCGCUUCCAGAGCGUCGACAACGCCAACUGGAAGUGGCAGUCCCGCGACCUCCAGGUCGGCGGCGGCGGCGGCGCCUUCGCCGCCACUAUCUGCAUCGACUUCGACGGCAACUACGCCUGCUGGGUCACCCCCGCCAAGAACCAGGUCUGCGAUCUCGUGUUUGAGCAGAACGAGGCGCCCAUUGAUGUCUGCAAGAGCAUCAAGAACAUUUGGGGAUGGGUUGCUUAG